CUGUUUGAGCUUUUUUAGAUAUAUUUGAAUUUUUUGUCUGUUUGGCGCUGGAACGAAAGCAAAUGGGGAAACGCCUGCGAAGAGAGAAAUCAAUCUGCUGUUGCGUCUCUCCUACACUCAACUUUCUCACUCCUCACUCCAUUUUCAACUGGUAUGAAGAGGAUAUAUGGAUGGAAAUUGCCAAGUAUUUGGAUGGAAAAUCCUUGGUGAUGCUUGGAGCAACGAACAAGUGGUUUCAACACAUCGUCAUGGAGGAGACCAUAUGGAAGUUUGCCUGUUUGCGUGAUCUUCAGGUCUUUGAUCCUCGUCAGGUGGCAUUCAAAUGGAUCAAGCUUUACGCUUCAGUUUUUGAUGGAAGUCAUUCUUACAUGUUUCGUCAGCAGGAGAAACAUAUUGAUUGGAUGCGAAUUGGGGCAUUUUUAUUUGAUUCACCAGUUGCACUCCUGACAGAUAAGCUGACCACUCCACUGAAAAUUCCAGUGAACGAGACUGUAGAGAAAAUGUUGCAAUCUUGUGGCUCUUGUGUGUUAAAAAACAUCAAAACUGGAAUUUGGAUAGCUGAUUUGCAGCUUGUUCGUUGCCCUGUUUGUGACCUCAACACAUGUGAUGGAACACUGCAGACACUAGAUGCAAGGCAUAUAGAACUGUUCCUGAGUGACGGAUACAAGAAUGGGGGCUGGGAGUACGAGAUGAUAGGAUCCCAUGAUAUCAAAAAGCAUUCAGAUGGAGCUUCCGGUGGCAUUUUCGACUUUAAACACCUCAAAGAUCCCUCAACCAUUGAGGUCUUUAAUCUCAAGUCAUGGAUAGGGAAACCCAAUGUCUGGCAGCCAAAGAAUAUUAUUACUCUUCAUGCAGUAGCGAUCAACUCCAAUUUACAGAAAAAUGAAGGCCUUCAUGUAAAGUACCAGGCCAUGAGAGCUGGAGCUGAUGGAGAUGUUGUUUCGAUUCGAAUAUCUCAGCAGCUCUUGUGAUUCUGCUCAAUUCCCACAAAAUAUAGCAAGCAAGAACUCUGUGUCAAAUUUCUGUUUUCUGAAUUCAAAAUUUUCAGAUGCAGGUAUACCUUACCAUACAAAUCAAUUUGGUGUACUUUCAAGCAGUCAGUAACUUUUUUCAUUAGCCUCAUAAAAAUAAAAUUCACACAUCCAUACAGUUCAUACCCUGCAUAGCUCUGUAUUCCCUGUGCCUACACUGCAUCCUCUGCAGUAUGAUAAAAAACUGGAACAUAUCCAUCCACGCUUAUAUUAGUUAGUACUAAAUGCAUCAUUAUAUGUGCACA